AUGAGUAGUCCAAUUAUCAAACUGAAUUAUCGUCGUAUACAGUCGUCGGGGAAGGACUCGCCUUCUCCGUAUCAUGCUCCAAGAGGGAUUGGCCGGUACCCGUCACGAAUAAACAUUCCUUCACUCACUCCAAAAUGA